CACUUUUGCCUUACAGUUAAAGAAAAAGCACCAACUCAAACAGCUCCCUUGGGGAUAACCUGAGACCUCAUCGACGUGUUCAGAAGAAGUUUCUCUUUAUGGGAUUCUGAGAAGGGAAGAGAAAAAAAAAGACUAGCUGAGAAAGCGUGGCUCUCCUCAGGGACUUCCCUGCUGCAACAGCUCCCAGGUCACCUUUUGGAGACGUGUGGACUGUCCCCGCACUGCCCUGAUCUAUCUCUGAUCCAGUGUAACCGACACUUGGAAUUGGGACCUGAGGAGAACCCAAGAUGAGGCAGUUGUGUGAGUGGGAGCAUAAAGAGCCAGCAGGUCUUGUGCACCCUAAGGUUUAGAGUCUCCUUACAUGAACAUGGCUGACCAUCAGGACAACACUCUGAGGAUUGUUCUGGUAGGGAAGACUGGGAGUGGGAAAAGUGCGACAGCAAACAUUAUCCUUGGGGCACAAAUAUUUGCUUCUAAAAUUUCUGCGCAUGCAGUUACUAAGACUUGUCAAAAAGCAUACCGGAAAUGGAAGGGGAGAGACCUUCUCCUUGUUGACACCCCGGGGCUCUUUGACACCAAGGACAGCCUGGACACCACAUGUAAUGAAAUCAGCAGGUGCGUCAUCUACUCCUGCCCAGGCCCUCACGCCAUCAUCAUGGUUUUGCGACUGGGCCGCUUCACAGAGGAAGAGCUGAAAACAAUUGCACUGAUCAAGGCUGUCUUUGGGGAGCCAGCCAUGAAGUACAUGAUCAUCUUGUUCACUCGCAAGGAUGAGCUGGAAAAUCAGAGCCUCAGUGACUUUAUAGAAGAGUCAGAUGAGAAGCUAAAAACGGUCGUUAAGGAGUGUGGGAAUCGCUGCUGUGCCUUCGACAACAAAGCAGGCGAGGCUGAGAAGGAAGGUCAAGUGCAGGAGCUGGUGGAGCUGAUAGAGACCAUGGUGCAGAGCAACGGAGGGGCGUACUUCUCUGAUGACACUUACAAGGAAACAGAGGAAAGUCUGAGACGAGAGGCAGAAGUUCUGAAGAAAUCCUACACUGAUCAACUAAAUAAUAAAAUUAUGCUAGUGGAAAAGACAUGUGGUCAUAAAUCAGAGCAAAAAGAGGAGAAAAUAAAACACCUAACGGAAGAAUAUGAUAUAAAAAUAGGUAAUGUAAGGGAAGAAGCUGAAAGUAAUAUAAUUAAUGAUAUUUUUAUUUAUAUUAAGAAUAUAAUUUUAAAAAUAUGGCAUGCAUUUUGAUAGUAAUGGAAUUUCAUUUUUCUUUUUAAUUUAGUAUGCUUGAUUAAUGUGGUGGGUUGCAUUUUCCAAAGGCAGCUACACCACCCCACUACUCCACUUUAUUAAGAUAUAAUUGACAAAUAAAAAUUGUGUACUUUAAAGGUGUACAGAAUGAUGCUUUGAUAUGUUUGUACAUUGUGAAAUGAUUAGCUCAAGAUAAUUAAAUCCAUUACAUCAUGGUGACCUUU